AAGGAUAAUCUCGCGAGAUGUCAGACGUGGUAUAAAGUCUCUCUGCGGGUGUCGGUCACGGUCAGUUUCUCUGCUCCUCCGGUUUCUGGGAAGUUGUAGUUUUGAGUGUGAUUAAAGGUUUCCAGUCAGAGUGAAGAUGGCUGCAGGCAAGGCUCACAUUGGAAAACUGGCCCCAGAUUUCACUGCCAAAGCGGUAAUGCCAGAUGGACAGUUUAAGGAACUCACGCUUUCAGACUACAGAGGGAAAUAUGUUGUAUUUUUCUUCUAUCCACUGGACUUCACCUUUGUGUGUCCAACUGAGAUCAUUGCAUUCAGUGACGCUGCUAAUGAAUUUAAGAAGAUUGACUGUGAGGUCAUCGCUGCCUCUGUUGACUCCCACUUCUCCCAUCUUGCAUGGACCAACACACCCCGUAAGCAGGGUGGUCUGGGUACGAUGAAGAUUCCCCUGGUGUCUGACAUACAGCAUACAAUCUCCAAAGACUACGGCAUCUUGAAGGAGGAUGAGGGCAUUGCCUACAGGGGACUGUUCAUAAUCGACGAGAAAGGCAUUCUAAGGCAGAUCACAAUCAAUGACCUCCCAGUUGGACGCUCAGUAGAGGAGACUCUUCGCCUGGUCCAAGCCUUUCAGUUCACUGACAAACACGGAGAAGUCUGCCCAGCUGGCUGGAAACCAGGUAGUGACACAAUCAAGCCUGAUGUCCAGAAGAGUAAAGAUUUCUUCUCCAAGCAGUAAUAAGACCACGGCCAGAAUCUGCUGCUUGCUGUAGGAAACAUUUCUCGAACCUUUUGUAAUCACUUUUGUGAAGUAAACACUCUUUAGGUAUACUGUUGUCUGUCGUGCACUUGUAACCAAAGCAUAUAACUGUAUGUUCAGUCCAGUCUGUUUCCUUGUUGUUAUUUUCAUUACAAAGAUGUGUGUGUAUAUAUAUAUAUAUAUGUGUGUGUGUGUGUGCUUAGUAACACACAGAAUGUGUCUCUGUGAGAAGAUUGCUUUACAAACAAAAAGGAUAAUAAAUCUCAAAAUGCC